AUGAAUGAGCAAUUACGAAUUAUCAAGCUAGAGGAAUCUAUAGAAUAACUGAGCAAUACUUUUCUACCUCAUAUUAAUCAAAUUUCCAAGAUGUAAUAAAAAUUGUCAGCUUUGGAAGUUUUUAUAACAAAUAAUUCAAGAGUCGAUUUGAAUGGUGAUACGAUCUAAAUACUAAACUCUUAAUUAAAUGUCUAAGAAAGAUUGAGCUCAAUUGAAUAAUAACAAUCAAAAUUUAGUUCUCAUUAUGACGAAAUCCUAACCAGACACUCUGUGGAGAUUAAAUAGAUUCAACCUUGCAUCAAUCAAAUGCAUAAUAUUUUAGAGGAAGCUAAGUAAAGUAAAGAGAUGAACAAUUAAAUGAGACUCAAUUUGAAAGAAAUGAAUUAAAAAUAUAAAGAAUACACUGGUAUUCUCUUGUAAAAUGAUAGAUUAACUUAAAACUAUAAAAAUAGGCUGGAUUAAUUUGAAUAGUUGUUGGCUUCAAAAAUUGAUCAUUCAGAAAUGACAAAAGCUUAAGAUCUAAUGAGGAGAGAUUUUGUAACUAGUAUUGAAUUAGAUAAUAUCAAGAAUUAAAUUCAUUAAAGAGUAGAUCGAUUGUAAGGAGAAAUGUGUUCUAAAUAAUAAUUAGGGAUUGCUUAGGAUAACAUUUAAAUCAUCAAAGAUAAAUAGAUGUAAGUCUUAAGUGAAUUAGUUGAUAAAAAGGUUGAGGAUCUAGCUAAUACUAAGUUAAAAGUGUAUGCUACAAAAAAUGAUCAAAGAGUAUAUGAAGAUAGAGUAAACUAAAUAUGUAAGAUCUUAUCGGAGAAAAUAUUAAUGAUGUAAAAAGAAAUAACAGAAGAAUAUAAAUUAAUGUAGGAACAACUCAAAGAUGAGAAUUAAAAAGUAAAUGACUUAAAAUCAUAAUUAAACGUUGUUAAUUCUAAAUUCCAGAAGGUUGUCAUGAAGGAAGAGUUGUAAAUUGCAAUGUAAAAAACCUCAAGUUUACAAAGAGAUUCUGAAUAUCUAAAUGAAAAACUUGAAUCUAUAACUGCGGCCAUAUUUGAAUAAAAAGUCUCAUUUCAAUAAUUCAACAAACAAAAAACAUUAGAAAUAGAAAAUUUAUAACAUUAACUUAUUCAAAAGGAUGGCGAAAGUGUAACCUAUGGGGAAAGUCCAAAACGAGUUGAAAUUUCUUAAGAAGAAAUGAAAAGUACCCAGCCAUCUCCUCAAAGAAUGUAUAGAAAGUCGAUGAAUUUUUAAAGAGAGGGAUCGUUUAUUAAUUCUGAUGUGAUCCAGAAAAUUUAUCAAAGAUCAGAUAUUAGAAUAUAGGAAUUGCAAAACUAAAUAGAUGAUAUUAGAUAAAAAUUGCCAAAAGUAAAUAAAUAUCAAGAGAAUAAUAUACAGGUUUCAGACACAACUAACAUUAGAAUGGAAUAUUUCAAUUAGAUGAUAAUUUAAUUAUAAGAGGAAUCGAAAAAAUUCAGAACUUAAUUUGAUCAAUUAAAUUAAUAGAUAAUAGUAAUUAAUAAUAAGCCUUAGAUAAAGGAGGAUAAGCUUACAGAUAUAGAUUAAAAGUUAAAGUUUAUUUAAGAAUUAGAAUCAAAACUUGAUUAAAAAUGUGAUUCAUCUUUAGUAAUACCCAUUCUUGAUUCGAAAGCUAGUGCUUAAGACUAUAUGUAGACAAAACUAUUGACUAAACAAUUGAAGUAAUGUGUUCUAGACACAAUCAACAGUUUGAGAACCUAUUUUACUGCAGAUUAGAAUGACUAGAUUAAAGUUUUCCUCAUCAAUUAAUUAAAUAGAUAGCUAUCCUACUUUACCAGAUCAGCAGAAAUUCAAAAACAACCUCAAAGUGAUUCACAAUAGAACACUCAAGAAAUAAAGUGUCUAUAAUCAAGAUACACUGCUUAAAGAAUGAAAUCAUACUCAUCUUGUUCAAAAAGAAGAGAUACCGAAUGUGAUGUAAGAGGAAGAACUGUUAAUCGUAAUAUUACAGAGACUGUUUUGUAUAAUUCAUUAAGAUCAUCUCCGUUGGCCUUUAGAUUGGUGAAUUAAAAUAAAUAAAGUGCAAAAAUAGUGAAAAGAAUGAAAGUAUAAUGA